AUGCCCUUCUCCCUCAGUCAUCUUGCCCGUGAGCUCCGCCCCGGGCGCGUGGAAGCUGCCUCUUCGCUGUCCCGUGCUGCUUUGCGCCGCGUUACCAGGGUGAAGCUACAAUCGCGGUCCCGCUAGCUGGGAGGUGCAGACAAACUUGCUGGUCCUGCUUGGCUCGCACUAUCCAAUGGGAGCCGGCGUUGGGACGUGCUCACCCAUUGCGGUGCGAGAGGUGGGGCUGGAGCGAGGGUGGGUUGAGCGGACAGUGGCGGCUGCUGCGGUAGCGGGGGAAGCCCUUCGUGUAAGGAUGCCUUAGAAGAAGAGCUAUGGAGAAAUAUAUUAAGGUGCAAAAGAUUGGUGAAGGAUCCUUUGGAAAAGCAAUUCUGGUCAAAUCUAAAGAAAAUAGCAAACAGUAUGUUAUUAAGGAGAUAAACAUCUCUAAGAUGUCCAAUAAGGAGAGAGAAGAAUCAAGGAGAGAAGUUGCUGUGUUAGCAAACAUGAAACAUCCAAAUAUUGUCCUGUAUCGGGAAUCAUUUGAAGAAAAUGGCUCUCUCUAUAUAGUGAUGGAUUAUUGUGAAGGAGGGGACCUGUUUAGACGAAUAAAUGCUCAGAAAGGCAUCUUGUUCUCAGAGGAUCAGAUCAUAGAUUGGUUUGUACAGAUUUGUUUAGCACUAAAACAUGUGCAUGACAGAAAAAUUUUGCAUCGAGAUAUAAAGUCACAGAAUAUAUUUUUAACCAAAGAUGGAACAAUACAACUGGGAGCCUUUGGAAUAGCUAGAGUCCUUAACAGUACCGUAGAGCUGGCUCGCACUUGUAUAGGAACACCAUAUUAUUUGUCACCUGAAAUCUGUCAGAACAAACCUUACAACAAUAAAAGUGACAUAUGGGCUCUUGGUUGUGUUCUGUAUGAAAUGUGCACACUUAAACAUGCAUUUGAAGCUGGUAACAUGAAAAACCUGGUACUGAAGAUAAUCUCUGGAUCUUUUCCUCCUGUUUCUCCGCACUAUUCCUAUGAUUUACGUAAUCUGCUUUCACAGUUAUUUAAAAGGAAUCCUAGGGAUAGACCAUCAGUCAACUCCAUAUUGGAGAAAAUCUUUUUAGCCAAACGGGUAGAAAAAUUUCUUACACCACAGCUUAUUGCAGAUGAAUUCAGUCACAAAGUGUUCCACAAGUUUGGCGCCCAUGCUUCACCAGUAAAAAGACCAGCUCAAGGACAAAUCUGUGCUUCAGCUGUGCCAGCUCAGAAAAUUACUAAACCUGCUGCAAAAUAUGGAGUGCCUUUAAUGAUCAAGAAAUCUGGUGAUGCAUCUAAAAAAAAUCAUGAAAAGAAGCCAUUAGCUAAAUGUAGACAGGCCCAUCCAAUUCCAAUGAAGAAAAUGAAUCCAGGGGAGGAAAGGAGGAAAAUGUUUGAGGAAGCUGCAAAAAAGAGAAGAUUUGAAUUACUUGAGAAGGAAAAACAACAGAGAGACCAGAUGAGUUUACUGAAGGCUGAGCACAUGAGAAGACUAGAGAAGGAAAGGAUGGAACGGAUAAACAGAGCCAGGGAACAAGGCUGGAGAAAUGUGCUUAAUAUAGGUGGAAGUGGUGAAGUUAAGGCACCGUUUUUUGGUGGUGGAGGAGGUGUUGUGCCUUCUCCUGUGCCUGCCAGAGGACAGUAUGAACACUACCAUGCUAUCUUUGACCAGAUGCAACAGCAAAAGGAAAAUAUUAAAGUAGGUGAGGAGAGAGAAACCAGAUGGAGGGCAGAAAUACAAAGUCGGGAACCUAUUGAAAGAGGAUUUCCACCUGGAGUACGUCCAGGAUUUCCUAAUGGGCCUGAUGGUCAUCACCAUUUACCAGAUGCUGAUGCAAUUAGAAAAAAAAUCAAAAGAUUGAAGGAGGUGUCUAAACAAGCCAAUGCAAACAGGCAAAGAGGAUGGGUAGCAGCAGAAAGAGCAAAACAAGUUGAAGAAUUCUGGCAACGAAAGAGGGAAGCUAUGCAAAACAAAGCUCGUGCCGAGGGACAUAUGGGUACACUGCAAAACCUGGCAGCUAUCUAUGGAGGCAGGCCCAAUUCUUCAAGAGGAAGGAAAUCGAGAAACAAGGAGGAAGAGGAAUACUUGGCAAGAUUAAGACAGAUCCGGCUUCAAAAUUUCAAUGAACGCCAGCAGAUUAAAGCUAAACUUCGUGGAGAAAAGAAUGAAGCUGCUGGAUCUGAUGCACAAGAAGCAAAUGAAGAAGCAGAAUUGAGACGCAAAAAAAUUGAAGCACUGAAGGCCCAAGCAAACGCACGAGCUGCAGUUCUCAAAGAGCAACUAGAGCGAAAGAGAAGAGAGGCAUAUGAAAGAGAGAAGAAAGCAUGGGAAGAACAUUUGGAAGCCAAAGGGGUAAAGAAUCCUAUGGUGCCUUUUAAUGUGAUGGCAGCUGGGGCUAGUUCUAUCCUUGGGCAACAAGAACCUGGAGGACCUCCUGCCAAACCACAACUUCCAUUGAAACCCAGUACACCAGUUAUCUCUAUGACUUCAGCUUUGAAGGAAGUGGGUGUGGAUGAAAAUGCAACUGCUAUCCAGGAAACCUCAGGGGAAACAAAAACGGUGGAUCUUGCUAUGCAAAAUAAAAGAGAAAUACUAAGAAGAUUGAAUCAAAAUCUUAAAGCACAGGAAGAUGUAAAAGGAAUAAAGGAGCUAAACAACACCUGUCAGACAGUUGUGGCUGAAGAGAGUAAAGAAGAAGAAUAUCCACUUCUAGUAGAGCGUAAGAAAUGGGAGGUGGCAGCGGCUGAAUUGGUGAUUCCUCUUGCACAGCUAACUAUGGAGGAGUCGUUCUCAGGGACAGAAAGGCAGACAAUGGGGGAGAUAAUUAAACUAGAUGUCUGUGAACCCCAGAGGAAAGUUUGGGUCAAAAACCCUACUGAUUCAGUGCUGAAGAUACUGGGAGAAGCAGAGUUACAGCCACAAACUGGAUUACUUGAGGAAAUAAAUAUCACAAAUGAAGUUCCUGAAGAAGAUGCUCAACACUUAACAGUAAAAGAGAUCAGUGAAGUUAAAAUUGCUUCUUGUAUUGAAAAGAAAUCUUCAGCUCUAGUUGGUAUCAGAGAAUCUGAAAGGACAAUAAUGGAGUCACAAACCUUGGACGCCACGCAAGUGUCGUCCAGGCCUGAUGUGCUGGAUGAUGAUUUGGAAGAAGAAAUGUUGGAAGAAUCUGAAGAAAAUAAAAAAUAUAAAACUGAUCAGCUUCCCAGCACUGUUCAUGAUGUGUGGGUUAAAGAAAGGGAAGCAAUAGCUGUGAAGGAAUCACAGGAAGAUACUGCCCAGAAAGAUGAUAGUGGUGAUGAAGGAGCUUCACAGAGAGCACAGCCACAUAAUGAGCAGCCACCACAUGAUGAAACUUCUAUUGGCUCUUGUCUCAGUAACUCUAUGAAACCUGAACCCUUUUUCCAGAAGGUGGCACAGACACAAGCCAUACCGACAGUUGCACCAGUUCUGUCAGCUCAGUCUUCAGUGGAAGAGCCUUUUCCACCACGUUCACGUUCUGUAUCGCCUACAAAAAGUAAAGGCAAAAGUUCAUUAUUGAUUGGGCUCUCUACUGGGCUGUUUGAUGCAAACAACCCAAAGAUGUUGAGAACAUGUUCACUCCCAGAUCUUUCCAAGUUGUACAAAAUGCUAGAUGAUGUUCCCAUUGUAGCAGAUGUACAACAUCAAGACAGUCUUGAAAUAGAAGAUAUGGAAGAUGAGCGUGUCAAAGAAGGGCAUUCUGAUUCUGAAGACAUUAUGUUUGGUGAGGCAGAUACAGACCUGCAAGAGCUUCAGGCCUCGAUGGAACAGUUACUUAGGGAGCAGCCUAAUGAGGAAUUCAGUGAAGAGGAGUUGUGUACACUAAAGGCAGAUACUGCAGCACGCAUGACAAAUGGUACACAGUUGGAUGAUGAAGAUGACAACAACCCCAGCAGUGAAAGUGCACUUAAUGAAGAAUGGCAGUCAGACAACAGUGAUGGAGACAUUACCAGUGAAUGUGAAGCCUAUGACAGUGUCUUCAGCCAUUUGGAAGAAUUGAGAUGUAAUCUGGAGCAAGAAAUAGGUUUUGAUAAAUUCAUCGAAGUUUAUGAUAAAAUAAAGGAGAUGCAUGAAGAUGAAGAUGAGAAUAUUGAUAUUUGUUCAACAAUAGUUCAGAGUAUUCUGGGAAAUGAAUAUAAACAUCUCUAUGCAAAAAUUCUUCAUUUAGUUAUGGCAGAUGGAGCCUAUCAGGAAGAUAAUGAUUAUUGUGAGGUGCAGUGGAAAAUGUAGUAGUAACUGAAUAAGGAGCAAGGAAGUGGGAGAUUGCAUGGAGAAGAUGGAAAAACGUGCCUGUAUUUCAGAUGAGAUGUUUAUGUAUUUCCUUUGAUAUGUUUCCUCAUUUUUAAAGAUACCUGCUGCAGGAAUUACACUUUAUCUUAAACAUGUCAACCAAAGUGCGUGGCGGAUGGCCCAGACAUUUUUUUUUUAAAAACCAAGAGUGAUUUAUCAUGUAAUAGAGGCUUUGCCAUAUUUAGGUGUUAGGUGUAAGCAGUUAAAAGGAUUACCAUGUUUUGAAAGCACCUGCUUCUAGCUUUUCACUUAUGCACUAAAAUGACUUUAUCCCCAUUACUAAAGAUUCUAUUUCAUUUUCAGUUGACCAGUUAGUCUAUUUAAAUGAUUGUUUGCAUCACUGGUCCAUAUUUUUUUAGUUAAACUGAUAGCAUACUGAAAUUUCAUUUGUCACUUAUUAACCAGUGUCACCUGAACUAUUUUAAUAGUUUUUGCAUAUUGAGGCAAAUUAGUCUUUGUGACAUCAUUGAAAAAGUAAUUUUUUUCAAAGGGAUAAUGGAAUUCAUUUGAAACUGGAGAAUUUGUCAAUCUUUUAGUAAAUACAUUAAUACUUUGAAUUAUGCCACCUUCUCUAACUAAAGCUGUGCAGAAGUUCAGGUUGCUCUCUUUUCCCCUGCUGCCACACACAAAAAUAAAAUGGGAUAACCUUGAGUGCUGUACUGUUAUCUCCUAGAACAAUAAAUGCCUAGAUUUUCCUUGUACUCUGUUCCUUUGUCAGGAGAAGCAUCAUAUUGGCAAAGUAAGGUGCGUGUUUUUUCCAGAGACAAUGGCUAAAAAGUGUUACUAGGUUGUGUGUACAACAGGUAAAAUAUUAUACAUCAAAUGAGACAUAAAAUUUUCAAUUGCCCCAUUGAAGAUAGAUGGAUUUUCAACCCCU